AUGGACACUACUGAUCGCGUUACCAUUGCACUGGAUACUCAGUUGCCCUCUUAUUUGUUAUCUACUACAUUAACCAUUGUUGCCUUUUACUUCGCGUACAAACUAUUCAAAUAUUCAUGCCAAACGAUUCAUUUUCCUGGUCCGAAAGGUUCAUGGUAUAAUGGAAACCUUAAGGAAUUGUUAGCGGAUAAUGCACAUGAAUAUUGGGUCAAAUGGAAUCGUGAGUAUGGACAAAUAUUCGAAGUACAUUCCUCUUGUUUUUCCCGUUUAAUAUUUGUGGGAAAUCCUGAAGUGAUCAAUCACCUGUGUUUGAGAAACUAUCUUAAAGAUGAAAAAGUCUACAAUGGUUUCAAAUAUCUUUCUGGCAAUGGCUUAUUCUCUCAAUUAGAUCCAGUACAAUGGAAAAAGCAACGAAGUGCGCUAGCACCGAGUUUUUCUCAUGCAAAUGUAUAUCAACAGCAUCAUAUUAUGCAGGAAUAUAUGAACAUUCUCAUAGAAAAACUGGAUUUAGCAAUCGAACAGAAGAAGUUAGUGAAUAUAAGUAAUGAAAUAACAUUAAUUACUAUUGAUUUUCUUGGUGAAAUUGCAUUUGGACAGACAUUUGAUGCUUUGAAACUAGGCGAAAAUUGUCUCCUUAUGCAAUUAUUACAAUCAAUUUUACCGGAGCUAAUCAAAUGUGCAGUGUUUCCUCUACGUGGACAAUUUCCAAUACUGAGAGUGACGAGAAAAAUGCAUGAAGAUAUUAAAAAACUACGAUCGAUUUGUCAAGCAUCAAUAAAAACAGCAAGAGAGAUGGAUGAAUCAGAUAGAUUGUUCAAGAAGGAACGUAUUUUUGAAAUUUUAGCCACAACCAAAAGUUCGAAUGGUCAAUAUGUAUUUAGUGAAAAAGAAUUGAUUGAUAAUUAUGUGACAUUUCUCGUAGCAGGUGGUGAUCCAACAGCCAGUGCCAUUACAUUCGCUUUAUAUGAACUGUGCCGAACUGAAAAUGAACAAAUAUUACGAAAAGCUCAAGAAGAGGUUGAUGAAUUGCUUGAUGGAAGGUCGGAUUUGAUCAACGAACAUGAUCUCAACAAGCUGAAAUAUUUAGACAUGAUUAUUAAGGAAACAUUACGAUUGCAUGGUCCUGGAUUUGGUACCAUACGAAAAUUAAAAGAAAAUCUUACUGUUAAUGGUAUAACAUUGCCAAAAAAUACUUCAUUGUAUAUUUGGAACUAUCCAGUUCAUAGAGAUCCAAGAAUUUGGUCUGAGCCAGAUAUUUUUAAUCCAGAAAACUUCAGAAAUGUAGAUGCUGGUGAGGUGAAAAUGAACGGAUCAUAUUUUCCUUUUAGUCAUGGUCCACGAAAAUGUUUAGGAUUAAGUUUAGCUAUGGCUGAAAUGCGCUUUAUUCUAGCUACAUUUAUUCAUCGGUAUCAUUUUCGUUUAGCUGAUAACUUUAAAAUGAUCGAAAAAUCUUCUUUUACUCUUUGUCCAAGUAACGGUUUACCUGUAUAUAUAACCAAGCGAAUUUAA